GCCAGACAAGGCGGGGGGAGGGGGAGCAGCGGUGGCGCAAGUCGCGCGGAGCAGCGCAGCCCGGGGCCGCUCUCGCCGCCUCCCGACCCGGCGCCCCCGGCGACAACUCCGAGCGGGCCGCGGAGUCCAUGUUGGGGAACUUGGCGUCGUGACGGGGACCCGCCGGAGCGAGCGCCUCCACCUCGGCCUGAGAAUAGUUUGCUGGAAAACUGAUUACGUGACCCCUUGUCUUCAAGAAUCUUAAAGGAAACCCUUUCUCAAGGAGAAAUGAAGAGGAAGACUGUAUAUACCUUAAAUGUGGGAGAUCGGGAGUAUGAAGAUAUGGAAGGUGAAGAAAACAAAGAUAAUACUGCUACCACUGGUCUGUUGUACAGUGAAGCUGACAGAUGUCCGAUAUGUCUUAAUUGCCUAUUAGAGAAAGAAGUUGGUUUUCCAGAAAGCUGUAAUCAUGUCUUCUGCAUGACCUGUAUUCUUAAAUGGGCAGAGAUACUGGCUUCAUGUCCUGUUGACCGAAAACCGUUUCAGGCAGUGUUUAAAUUGAGUGCAUUGGAAGGUUGUGUUAAGGUUCAAGUAAGAAGACAGUUGAGAGAAACAAAAGACAAAACUGAAAGUUCUUUUAAGAAACAGCUCUCCUGUUGUGAAAAUUCUAAAAGCUAUAUGAGGAAAAAAGUAAAAGAAGAUCUAUUAAGUGCAAAACUUAAUGACUUGAAGAUGACACAUAGAAACUCUUCACACAGUGAAAUGGAAGGAAAGAAAAAUGGAACAUUAAAGAUAAAUAAGCCUCAAAGAGCAAAUCAGUGUACCAGUCAGUGCUUCAGAAAUUUUUUCUCCAAUAUGUUUUCUUCUAGUAAUCACACUGGAGAAUCUUCUUUUACCUGUAGAACUUACUGUACAGAACUUGGUGAGGUCAGCGAAAUGAGUGCCUUGAUUAGGCAGAAGAGACAGGAAUUGGAACUGUCCUGGUUUCCUCAUAUGUCACCUGGAGCUGGGAGAAUUGGUUUUAUACCCUGGAAUAUUGAAACACAAGUGCUUCCUCUCAUCUCUCCUGUGUUGCCAAGAACUAUUUUUCCAACCAGUACCAUAUCUUUAGAAAAUCUUGGUACCUCUUGCAAGGGAUAUGCAUUAGCACAUACUCAAGAAGGAGAGGAGAAGAAGCAAACUUCUGGCACAUCAAACACCAGAGGAACAAGACGAAAACCUGCAGCAACAACUCCUACCAGGAGAUCGACACGUAACGUGAGAGCUGAAGCAGCCGGUCAGUCUCAGAGGUCCCCAGUAUCAAAUAAUUCUGGGUGUGAUGCUCCAGAUAACAGCAGUCCAUCUGUAAGCAUUCCCUCUUCAGCUGCAUCAGAAAAGCAAACAAGACAGGCUCCAAAACGGAAGUCUGUAAGAAGAGGAAGGAAACCACCUUUAUUGAAAAAGAAACUUCGGAGCUCUAUACCUGCCCCUGAAAAAUCAUCUUCCAGUGAUUCAGUAGAUGAAGAAACAGCAGAAUCUGACACACCACCUGUGAUAGAGAAAGAGCACCAAUCAGAUGUAGAAAGUGGUAACAGUUGUACUGUACAGGCAAGUGUAGAAAAUGUGUCUGCUGAUAACUUGAAAAGUUGCAAUGAACAGGUAGAAGAAAGUGAGGAACAUACUGAGAACCAUGAUCCAGAGGAAGCAGUGGAAUCUUCAUAUUCUGAGUCUCAUACCCAAGAUCCUCCUGAACUAGUUGAAGAGGAAGAGGAAACUCAAAAAGUUGAGAAUACAAGUAUAGAGGCUAAUGUUUUAUGUUUAGUAAGUGAGACUCCUGAAGAUAUUUCUGGAAAAGGAGGUGAUCUAUUGGAAAAUCAAGACCAAACAUCUGGACCUUCAGAAUCAGAGGUAAAGGCAGAUAAAUGCACAGAUGAUCAUUCAAAUGAUUUUCUUACAUGUUCAGGGUCUGAAAUUGAAUUACAUGAACCUGUACCAAGCUUAGGUGAGUUCCCAGAGAAUGCAGUCUCUGUGGUUAAUGAAGAAAAAGUUAUGGAGAAUCCUGUAGUAGAAGUUAUUGAUCAUAAAGAUUCAAUAGUAAAAACAGAACAGCUUGUAGACAGCCCCACAUUAGAAUCUUCUGAGAGUAAAAUUAUACAGACAGUGGACAAAAAAUCCAUAGAGAGUUCAGAGGUUCAAUUGCUUGGGCACGUUGAAACUGAAGAUGUAGAAAUAACUACAGCCUGUGAUACUUCAGAGAAUGAAAAUUUCAAUAGUAUGCAAGACUCUAGAAGUAAUUUAUUACAAAAUAAUCUUAACACAAAAUUAGACAAAUGUUCAGGAGAAAAGACUGAAUCUCCUAAUGAACAUUCCAGAUCUGCAGAAUUGCCUCACACACACAUUGAACAAAUUCAGAAGCAUUUUAGUGAGGACAAUAAUGAAAUGAUACCGAUGGAAUGUGAUUCGUUUUGCAGUGACCAGAAUGAAUCUGAAAUUGAACCUUCUGUAAAUGCUGAUACUAAACAAUUGAAUGAAAAUUCUGUGGAGCAGAGUUCUCAAAAUAAUAUGCUGUCUUCUGAUCCUGCAAAUGAAAAAGUUGAAACUGCAUCUCAACCAUCUGAAAGCCCAGUAGAUGUGAUAGAGAAAGCCAAAAAGCCUCGUACCCGAAGAUCUAGAUUUCACUCCCCAUCUACAACUUGGUCUCCCAACAAAGAUACUGCACGAGAAAAGAAGCGGUCUCAGUCUCCAUCUCCCAAAAGAGAAACUGGAAAAGAAAGUAGGAAGUCUCAAUCACCAUCUCCCAAGAAAGAAUCUUCAAGAGGACGUAGAAAAUCUCGUUCUCAGUCCCCGAAACAGGAUAUCGUAAGAGAAAGGAGACGAUCCCAGUCUCGAUCUCCAAAAAGAGAUAGUAUGAGGGAAGGCAAGAGAUCUGUAUCACUCUCCCCCAAAAGAGACACUUCUAGAGAAAACAGAAGAUCUCAGUCAAGAGUGAAAGAUUCCUCUCCAAGGGAAAAGUCCAGGUCUCGGAGCAGAGAAAGAGAAAGUGAUAGAGAUGGGUCAAGGAGAGAUCGAGAUAGAGAAAGGAGAACCAGAAGAUGGUCUAGAUCCAGAUCUCGUUCUCGGUCACCAUCAAGAUCUAGAACAAAAAUUAAGAGUUCAUCAUUUGGUAGAAAUGACAGAGACACUUAUUCUCCUCGGUGGAAGGAAAGAUGGGCAAAUGAUGGUUGGAGAUGUCCACGAGGAAAUGAUCGGUACAGAAAGAAUGACCCAGAGAAACAGAAUGAAAAUACAAGAAAAGAAAAAAAUGACAUCAGUUCAGAUGCUGCUGAUGAUCCAAAUUCUGCCGACAAACAUAGAAAUGACUGUCCCAGUUGGGUAACAGAAAAAAUAAAUUCUGGGCCCGAUCCAAGGACCAGGAAUCCAGAAAAGUUAAAAGAUUCUCACUGGGAAGAAAACAGAAAUGAAAAUUCAGGGAAUUCUUGGAAUAAAAACUUUGGUUCAGGUUGGAUGUCUAACCGUGGUAGAGGUAACCGUGGCAGAGGCACUUACAGAGGUGGUUUUGCCUACACAGAUCAAAAUGAAAAUCGGUGGCAAAACCGAAAACCCCUCUCAGGGAAUUCAAAUAGUUCAGGGAAUGAGUCUUUUAAGUUUGUGGAACAGCAACCCUAUAAGCGGAAAAAUGAGCAAGAGUUCUCAUUUGAUACACCGGCAGAUAGAUCUGGGUGGACAUCUGCAUCUAGUUGGGCGGUGAGAAAGACUCUACCAGCAGAUGUACAAAAUUAUUAUUCACGACGAGGGAGGAAUUCUUCGGGUCCACAGUCUGGAUGGAUGAGACAAGAAGAGGAAACAACUGAACAAGAUUCUAACCUAAAAGACCAAACCAACCAACAUGGAGAUGGUUCUCAGCUACCUAUAAAUAUGAUGCAACCACAGAUGAAUGUAAUGCAGCAACAGAUGAAUGCACAACAACAGCCUAUGAAUAUCUUCCCAUAUCCAGUGGGUGUUCAUGCUCCUUUGAUGAACAUCCAGCGCAAUCCAUUUAACAUUCAUCCUCAGCUACCCUUGCAUCUGCACACAGGAGUGCCUCUCAUGCAGGUAGCUGCUCCUACCAGUGUAUCUCAGGGACUCCCACCACCACCACCCCCUCCCCCACCAUCCCAGCAAGUCAGCUACAUUGCUUCACAGCCAGAUGGAAAGCAAUUGCAGGGUAUUCCUAGUGCUUCUCAUGUAAGUAACAACAUGAGUACACCAGUCUUGCCUGCUCCAACAGCAGCCCCAGGAAAUUUGGGAACAGUUCAAGGACCAAGUUCUGGUAAUACUUCGUCAUCAAGUCACAGCAAAUCCUCUAAUGCUGCUGUAAAAUUAACAGAAAGCAAAGUAAGUGUUACAGUGGAAGCCAGCGCAGAUAGCUCGAAGACAGACAAGAAAUUACAAAUCCAAGAAAAAGCAGCACAGGAGGUAAAAUUGGCCAUUAAGCCAUUUUACCAAAAUAAAGAUAUCACCAAGGAAGAAUAUAAAGAGAUUGUGCGGAAAGCAGUAGAUAAAGUUUGUCAUAGUAAGAGUGGAGAAGUAAAUUCUACUAAAGUGGCAAAUCUGGUUAAAGCCUAUGUAGACAAAUACAAAUAUUCACGGAAAGGAAGCCAAAAGAAAACUCUGGAAGAACCUGUGUCUACCGAAAAAAACAUAGGUUGAAAUGGGGAGCAGUAUAAAGGACACUAUCAAGAUGUCUGCAAAGUGCAAUUUCAACAUGUACCUUUAAAUGAAAAUCAUACAUAACUGUGAUUGAAAUUUGGUUUUGAUAAAAUUAUUUUUUUUAAUGUAGAAUAUAAAGUUUUGUUCUAAAUAAAUAUAGUUCUGCACUGCAACUUCUUUAUCCUUUCCUCCUCCCGAAAAUAAAAGCAAAUUCAAGGGAAAGUAAAGGGAUUAAAGGAGUGUGCAUUUUUACUAGGACUGUGUUAUAGUGUGGAUACUGGAAGAUGUACAGCUUUUUGAUUUGAACAAUGGAGUGCAUAAAUUAGAGUCUUCUAAGUGCACUGGUUUUGAAAAAGAUAUAUAUAAUACAUUUAUUCUGUCAGGCUAAAAAUAAAGUAUGAUCUUUAUGAUUUUUCCCUCUAAUUAUAGAAAGUUAAAUAAUGUAUUACCGUGAAAAAUAUUUCUAAUAACAGAAUAUACCAAUUGCAGGGUUCAUAAUGUGUAUUUUUAAAGCACACAUCUGAAUAAAUUGCUUAGAUAGAAAACAAAUUAUCACAUAAGUAAAAUUCAGUGUUCAAAACUUUGGAACACUGUUAUUGUAUCACCAAAUAAAGGUUAUGCUGCUUGUUUUUCUUUUGUGCCUUUUUUCCCCCAAAUGAGAUGAAGCGGUUUGAUUUGCUAGAUUCACAACUUGGAAGUCUAAAAUUCUGUUGAAUUUAGAAGACCAGUUUGGGAAAAGUGUUUGUUGACUUUGUAAAAAUUAUGUUUUCAUGAGAUCUUCUACCUGUUAGAGAAAUGAUAAAUUAUUUGUGCAACUGGAGAAUUGCUGUUGAGUGGUGAUCCUCCCUUCCUUGGGAUGAAGGUGGACUCACUUCAGUGGCUUUCAGUUGCUCAUCUAAUCACUAAUGAAAUUCUUUUCAUACUUGAGAAAUCUCCAAAUGCUUUCCCGUGAAUAAAGUGUUAAUUAGGUGACCAUAUGGUAGCCAUGAACCAUGCUGCAAAACCUGUGUUUUGGAAUUGAGAGGAAUUAAAUAAAUGGAGUCUUGGUUAGACUUUCAGGGACUAGGGAUUUGAUUGUCUUUUUUUAAAAUACUAAUGUUAAUUUUUACAAAAGGUAAGUUUGAAGUGUUAGAGAGCCACUAUUUUAACUGGCAUCUUAGAAGAAAAAAUGAGUUAUGUCCAUGACAAAUUUUCAUUCCAGUAACAAUUUUUAAUAGAUACCAAAUAACUGGAAAGCGAUUCGGAUAAGAUGUUAUUAAUGGCUCAGAUAGAUGUAUGCCUCAUUGAGACAGAUUGAUCCUUUUACUAGCUAAACUAGAGAGCAAUACUCUGUAGGACUGUGCUUUUCUGAAGUAAAGAUGAUCUGUUUUUCAAGUUUAUGUGCAUAAUACUUUCUUGGUGCUAGCUUUGAUAAGGCAAAUAUUUUGAAUUGUUGGCCCCAAUAAUGAUUGUGCUAGUUCAUAAUCUUCAUUAGAUUAUGAGUGUAAUCCCAAAAAGUGUUAGAAGUAUUUCCAAGCAGUUCUUGAUCUUUAUUCUGCAUUUCUGGGCAUUUGUAAUAUGGUAUUCUACUGAUUUAUAUAUAUAUUUUUAAUUAAAGUUUGUGUUUAGAUACGAAGGGGAAAGAAGUUUGGAAGUAUAUUUCUUCUAAUAAAAUAUUAAGACUGUUUUAAAUAUCAACACACACCUCCUCAUUUGUUUGUUUUGAACUCUAGAAACAAUUGUGUGAACUUUGAAUCUAUUUUCAGUUAAAGCAGGUUCACACUUUGAAAAUUUUGUAGCAAAUAGCCUGAGAUGAUUAAUCACACAGUGCAUAUGUUUCCUAUAUUUUCUUUCAGUGUUGUUUGGGAGUAGGGUUACAUUUUAAAAUUUGCUUUAUACCAUUUAGCUUUGAGAACAUGUUUAAAAAUUUUGAAGGAAAACUAGGUGGUAUGGUCAAGAGUUAAAGUCUCACAUCUUUGGUAUCAGUGCCAUGAAUUAUUCCCACCUUUGAAAAUUAGAAGUGUGUAUUCCAUAUCUGCUUGGGGUACAUGGUUAGACUGCAUUUAAAAUGCUAAUGAAUGUUACUGGAUUAGAAUUCAAACUUAGAAAUACUUAAGAAUGUAUUAGAAAGUGCAUGCUUUAUGUUAAAAAACAACAACAAUGCUUUAACAUUCCCCAUUCUUGCUUUUUUCAGAAAUUUACAUUAAUUUUGCAUGUGUACAAACUUAAACAUUUUGUGGGGUUACAGAUUUCUUGUUAUUUAUUAAGAUUCAGUAUUAAGUUGGCCUUUGAAAUCUUGGUCCCAUUAACUUACUAGUCACAUUGACCAAUGUUUUAGGCUAUAGCGAUGCCUAGAAUUUUGAGACUAAAAGUAGUUACUUAUUAUUUUAACAUUCCAAAAGUUUUGUGAUUUUUUUUUUUCUCUGGUAAUUACCACAUUUUCUCCAUUUCGUCCUUUAAAUGGCCACAGUGUGUACUGUUUGAAUGUUCCAUUCGAAAGAUGUAGCUUCAGAAGCACAGUGGUUGCCCCAUGGUCCAUGAGACGUUGUUUGUAGUACGAGGAUGGAGUGCUGUCUACUGAAACAAUACUCUUAAACAGAUAUGUAGUAUGUAAUAUUUUCUAAUAAAUUCUUUUGAUAAACAAA